CGGCGUUUCGAAAGGAGCCCCAGAGCUGACAAGAGAGCAGGUCCCCGCGGGGGGCCCGGCCUGGGGGCGGGGGAGGGGGCGGGGAGCCGCCCUGCGGGCCAGUUCCUGCCUCCUUUCCUGCCCUCGGCUUCGGCCCGCCUGCCCUCCUGGGAGGGGGGAGCCCGCCCUGGGGCUCGGGGCUGGCCCGGAGAGUCCAUCACUUCCAGGAGAGCUCCCGGGGGUGGCGGGCCGGCCCGGGGCACCCGGGCUGACAUCAGAGGCAGCUCCCACUUCCUCAUUUCUGCAGCUUCUGGACUCCUCACCCCAAACAAACCCUCCCAACAGGUUCAGCCCCUUUGAAACUUCGGUGCACUCUGGGUUUCCAUCCAGAGCUCGGAGGGGCCGGCGCGAGCGCAGCCCCCCGCCCCCGUGGCCGGCCGGCCCUCCGCGGUCCGCUCUGCUGAUUCCGGAGGGAGCCGGGCGAGGAGCCCCACCAUGACCCAGCUGCAGUUCAAAGAUGCUUUUUGGUGUAAGGAGUUCACAGCUCACACGGGCUAUGAGACCCUUCUGCAGCGGCUGCUGGAUGGCAGGAAGAUGUGCAAGGAUGUGGAGGACCUCCUGAAGCAAAGGGCCCAAGCGGAAGAAAGAUACGGGAAAGAGCUGGUCCAGAUUGCCCGGAAAGCAGGAGGCCAGAGUGAGAUCAACACGCUGAAGGCCUCCUUUGAAAUCCUGAAACAACAAAUUGAGAAUGUGGGAAACUCUCACAUCCAGCUGGCGGUCAUGCUGAAGGAUGAGCUCAAGAGCAUCGAAGAGUUCCGAGAAAGGCAAAAAGAGCAGAGGAAAAAGUACGAGAUGGCCAUGGACCGCGUUCAGAAGAGCAAGCUGUCCCUCUACAAGAAGACAAUGGAGUCCAAGAAGACCUAUGAACAGAAGUGCAGGGAUGCGGACGACGCGGAGCAGGCCUUGGAGCGCAUCAGCGCUCAGGGAAACCCCAAACAGGUGGAAAAGAGUCAGAACAAAGCGAAGCAAUGUAAGGAUGCAGCCAGUGAAGCAGAGCGGACAUACAAACAAAAUGUGAACCAGCUGGAGAAGGCCAGGUGUGACUGGGAGCAGGAGCACCAGCAGACCUGUGAGGCCUUUCAACUCCAGGAGUUUGACCGGCUCACCAUCCUCCGGAACUCGCUCUGGGUCCACUGUAAUCAGCUUUCUGUGCAGUGUGUCAAAGAUGAUGAGUACUAUGAAGAGGUCCGGAUAAGCCUAGAGGGCUGCAGUAUAGAGGCAGACAUCGACUUCUUCAUCCAGAAUAAAAUGACGGGAACAGAACGGCCAGAGCCCAUUCUCUACGAGAACUACAACGAUCGGAACCCCAAUGGAGGCUCGCACAGCCCCAGCCUUUACCCUGCUUGCGGCAUGAUUAAGAGGGCGCGGAGAAGGGCGGGAGCGAGCUCGGGGCUCUCCCUCCCCAUCCAGCCUCCUCGGGAUGAAAGCUGGGAAAUACACGGACGGACAAGGUCGCCCUCCCAGGGUGGGGGCGAGGGGAGGACCUCCCCCCGGCCCGGGCUCGGACGGGCCAGUUGCGCAGGGAUGCGCGCAGGGAUGCGCGCAGGGAUGCGCGCAGGGAUGCGCGCAGGGAUGCGCGCAGGGAUGCGCGCAGGGAUGCGCGCAGGGAUGCGCGCAGGGAUGCGCGCAGGGAUGCGCGCAGGGAUGCGCGCAGGGAUGCGCGCAGGGAUGCGCGCAGGGAUGCGCGCAGGGAUGCGCGCAGGGAUGCGCGCAGGGAUGCGCGCAGGGAUGCGCGCAGGGAUGCGCGCAGGGAUGCGCGCAGGGAUGCGCGCAGGGAUGCGCGCAGGGAUGCGCGCAGGGAUGCGCGCAGGGAUGCGCGCAGGGAUGCGCGCAGGGAUGCGCGCAGGGAUGCGCGCAGGAAGGGCUCCGCCUCUCCCCACGAGUCUCCGCCUGCUGCUCUAUCUGUGCGCGCACUCACGCCUACAGGAGAAGCUUCGGGCCCCCAGAAAGGCAGGGGGCGGCGCCCACGAGGAGCAUGGCAGGGAAAGCGGAGGCACAGGGCGGGGCUUGGGCGGGGCUUCUGGCUCCCCGCACCGCCCCCCCAGCCGCUCCCUCGCUGUGCGCGUGCGCGCUCCGUGCGCUUUUGGGGAGCCGCGGUGCAGGGGAUGCUGGGGCCAGGAGACAUCUGCCUCAGAGUCCGCUAAUCCUGCCCGCCCCAGUUUCCUCGUCUGUAAAACGAGCGGGACAAGCGCACGGCCAACGCUCCUGCAUCUCUGCCAGGAGAAGCCCAAAGAGCCGGGCCUGAGCAAAGCUCUAAACGUGUCCCCUGACACACUCCUGUACGACGGCAUGACGUCAUACUCCGAGAAGGGAAGGCCCUGGCCGGGGAGGUGGCGAGACCAGGGUCCCCCGCUCCGGGCAGGUCUCAUCUCGGGCCCCCUGCAGACCAGCGACAUCGUGUACGCGGACAUCCUGCAGACCAGGUCGGCCCCCGAGGCCUCGGCCCACGACUACAGGGGGCCCUUCCACGGCCCAGGCGGCCCCGCUUCCUUCCAGAACGCGGAUGAGCUGGACCUCACAGCCGGGGACAUCCUGACCGUCAUCCUGCAGGGGGAGGACGGCUGGUGGACGGUGGAGAGGAGCGGCCAGAAGGGCUUCGUGCCGGGCUCCUACCUGGAGCCGCUCUGAGGGAGCCCCGCCCCCGGCCUGGAACCGCGCCCCCCUCCCGGGGACCUCCCUGCGGGCGCCCCGACCCCCAGGCUGAGCCUCCGGGGCCCUGGGGAGGA